AUGGUUGCAACGGGUAACGGAGGGAAGGCAGCAGGCGCGCAAAUUACCCAAUCCCGACACGGGGAGGUAGUGACAAUAAAUACUGAUACAGGGCUCUUUUGGGUCUUGUAA